AUGACAUCUCUAUACGCAGACCCGACGGUGGCAAGUGAGAAACCACUACUCCCGAAGGAGAGGCCCAAAGAUGAAGUCACGGACGCUGCCCCGGGACAGGGAGUUUCGGGACCUCCGGGACCUAUAAGACCGGUACCGCAUUACAAGAAAGGCGUCGCAGCCCACAAGACGCCGUUUUUUCCGAGUAUUAUGAGUUUUGCAGUCGUAGUGACUACUUAGCUUGUCGGAUUACCUAAAGUUUUUCGCUCGCACGAAUGUGAUCGCGGCUUGCAGUUUUCCUUUUGAAAGAAUGCGAAGCCGCCAAAUCAUGGAUCGAGUGUGCAAGCCUUUGCUUCUAUUGCGUGGCCACUCCUUUUAACCUAAAAAAUGCGCCAAGCUUGUGUGAGUAUCCACCUUACUGCGUACAUGAGUACUAAAAACUUGUAGAAUUCACUAUAAAUUAGAUAUUUAUGACUUAUUGCUAAGUACUUGUACUACGCGCGCCGCGCUCCGCGGGACGCCGGCGGCUAUUUUUCGAGGGUGAGGAGGAGGCAAGGGCAGCCGAGGAACGAACGAGCGAAGGAAAGAGAAGACGAGAGCGGAGAACGAGACAGCGGAAGGGGUGCGGGAAGUGCCCAAGGGGGCGGCGAUGGCGGCGGGAGACAGGACGGAGCGGAGAGAAAAGAGGCGCCGGCCGGAGCAGAACCCAAGGCAAAAACGGCGGGGCGCAGCCAGCAAGCUGGGCCCUUAGCGCUCUGAAAUAGACCGGGGCGGCCCGUUUGGUUGCGCUGAGGGUCCAGAAAGGGGCAAGGGGAACAAGGUGCCGCGCCGGGCUGCCGCUGCCGCUUAGCGCAGCUAGAGGCGUGAGACAGUCACUACGGGGGUAGAGAAGAGUCGCGCGCCGCCGAACCCCUCGCGGAACACUCCGUGGAACAGCUGCGGAACAGCUUGCGGGACGCCCCCCCACUGAUGACUGAUCAGCCAGGAGCACACAGGAGCAGCGCAGGCGGCCUUCUUAGCUGAUACACGCAGCCAGGGCGCAGCUUCGGGACAGCUAUGGAACAGCCGCGGAGCGAACGGCCGCGGAGCACGCCAGGCGCUUGCUUCGUUUAGCUUUUCCUUGGAGGGACCCUGCGGAACAGCUGCGGGAAAGCUGCGCAACAGCUACGGAACAGUUGUGAAACAGCUGCGGGGCCGGCUGACAGCUGCGUAACAGCUGGGAGACCCUCAGGAGCCUUGCAGGGGGCACCGUCUUACCGCGGCCCAACUGCCUGCGCUAGAAAAGUGCUGCGGCAUUAAAAAUAAGCUAGCAGCAUUUGCAUUACAAGAUGGAUGAUGGCUUGCAAUUCCUUGCAUGGAUGGCAUGGCCAGGAAGGGCGAAGGUGUGACCCUUUGAAAGGGGGGGCGCGGACUUCUCUGCUUGAACGCAGCGCCCUGUCUGACAAGGCCACAGGAUGGCCGUUGCCUUACUUAUGUUGUUGCGCUCUGCCUGCCUGCGGGUAGGGGGGUCGUUUCUCGUAAGGGUGCGGCCGCGCGUGGACUCCCUUUCGGUUCGAGCUGGCUGCAGGGAGGACGCAGAGCGCCGGACGCCUGGCCGCGUUGGAGAUGCCAGCAAACUAGCCUAGACGUUCGCCGUUAGAUAGAAGCCGGGCCCUCUAAGUAAGUGCGUAAUGCAUGGUCGACGCAUCGGCAUAAGUAAGAUAUUAGGCCACGAAGCCCCCCCGCUGCCUCUUGGGAUGGCAUUGCCAUGCUUGCGACCAGUGUCAGCGUGUUUGCAAUAUCUUGAUACUUAUAUGCAUUGUUUUGCUAUGGGCCCGCGUUAUAAGUAACAGGAAGGCAGCGGCUCUUGGCUAUCAGUCUAGCCUUUACGGGUAUCCGGCUGGGUUGAAGUAGGCACGCGGCAAGUGCGGUAGUUCUCUUGCGUGCACAGGCCGCGGCGCGUGUAGUCCUCUGCGUUGCCGGCGUUGGGGAGGUGGGGCUUGGGGGGUGUUCUGACUGUAGCCUGCGCAUGCUGCGCCCGGAUGCGAAUGCCUCGAAGUUGCAUGCGCCGAAGCUGUUGGAAGGUGAAACGCGACCACAGUAACGAGGCGCGGGCGAUGGCGCCCGGAGGGCGCUCUGAAAAAGAACGCUAUUUCUAAGUAGUGCCAUCCAUUGUCAUGCGUGCAAUCUAUGCCAUGCAUUUUAGAAAUCUGAAAACGGCGAGGCUCUCUAUUGUAAACCAUGCGAGUCGCAGGCGAUGCUGGAGAGGAGCAAAAACAAAGUCUGGGGAUAUGUCCAAGCUUGGCCCCCUCGUGGACAUGAUGACGCUCAAGAGGCUCCACCCUUCAGCCAUGGAGGUGCCCAGAUCUAUCCCUCUCACGGUCAUCGACAUCCCCAACGCCUUCGCCCAACCUUCGAGCGCGGACGCGUAUGCGUUAUUUGGCUUUCUGAUGGGCAUGAUCUGACGAUGCCCAAGAGGCUCCACCCUUCAGACAUGAAGGUGCCGCGAUCUAUCUGGGUCACAGGCAUCGACAUCCCCAACGCCUUCAACUUUCGGGCUUGAGCGUGGAUAGGUUUGGCCUUUUGAUGGCCGUGAUGAUGCCCAAGAGGCUCCACUCUUCAGAGAUGUGUGCGCUCGGAUCUAUCUGGCUCACAGGCAUCGACAUCCCCAACGCCUUCAACCUUCGAGCACGGAGGUCCACAGGCUUCGCCUUCUCAUGGACAUGGUGGCGACGCUUACCGGGGUCCACUUUUCAGACAUGGAAGGGCUCAGCAUUAUCACCCGCACAGCCAUCGACAUCCUCAACGCCUUCAACCUUCGAGCGCGGAGAUAUAUACGCUUGGCCCCCUCAUGAGCGUGGUAGAUGGCGCCCACCGUCACCAGGGUCCACCCUUCAGACGUGGAGGUGCUCAGCGCUAUCAUUCUCACAGACAUCGACGUCGACCCUCGGCCCCUCCUCAGCGCGUUCAACUUUCCAGCGCGGAGGUGUGUGGACGUGAUGACGCUCGCCAGGGUCCACCCUUCAGAAAUGGAAGGGCUCACGUCUAUCACUCUCAAAGGCAUUGACAUCCUCAAGGUCCUCCACAUCUGUGCGCGGAUGUGUCCACGCUUGGCUCUCUUGUGGACAUGGUGACACUCAAGAGGCCUCACCCUUCAGACAUGGAGGCGCCGAGAUCUAUCCUCGCUCCUCACUCACGGCCAUCGACAUCCCCAACGCCUCGAACUUUCGGGCGCGGGCGUGCCUACGUUUGGCCUAUUCAUGGGCAUGAUGAUGCUCAAGGUCAAGAGGCUCCGCCUUUCUUUCAGACAUGAAGGCGCCCAGAUCUAUCCUUCUCACAGGCCGCCGCCUGGCGUCGACGCUCUCCGGGUCCUCUACUUCUGUGCACGGGUGUGCCCAAGUUUGGCUUCCUCAUGGGCAUGAUGAUGCCCAAGGGGCUCCAGCUCCACCCUGCAAGCAAAGCAUGGAGGCAGGUGCUCAGCCUUAUCCAUCUCACAGGCAUCGAGAUCGACGUCUCCAGCUUAUCCCGCCCAACCCCAACGCCUUCAAACUCCGCGCGCGGAUAUGUAUACAUAGGCUAGCUUGGCCUUCUCAUGGACAGGAUGACGCCCAAGAGGCUCCGCCUUGCCUUCAGACAUGGAGGCGCUUGGCUCAGAUCUAUCCACUUCGCAAGCAUCGACACCCCCAACGCCUUCAACCUUCGGGCCCGGGCGUUCACCGUUUUGGCCUUCUGGUGGCCAUGAUGAUACCCAAGACAGAAGGAAGCCAGACCCUUCAGACAUGGGGCGAGGCGCUCAGAUCUAUCCGCCCCACAGACAUCGGCUGACGCUCUCAACGUUUUCAACUUUCGGGCACGGACGUGCAUAGGUUUGGCCUUCUCAUGGGCAUGGUGAUGCUUAAGAGGGUCCGCCCUUCUUUCAGACAUGAAGGCGCUCACGCCUAUUCAUCUCGCAGGCAUCGACAUCCCCAACGCCUUCAACCUUCGAGCGCGGACGCGUAUAGGCUUGGCCCGCCUUCUCUUGCUUGUGCAUGAUGAUGCCUAAGAUUAAAGCUCAGCACUCAAUGGUCACUGAUGCUGAACGGAAGAGACCCCCUUCUUUCCCUUCGUUUUCCCCUGUUGUCUCAAGGGGUCGCCUCUUCGAUCUCAGUGACCAACCCCAAUGACCAUUGAAAGUUGGGCUUUAAUAAGAGGCUCCACCCUUCUGACAUGGAGACGGAAGUGCCCAGAUCUAUCCUUCUCACAGGGCAUCGACCGCGCAGCGCCUUCAACUUUCGAGCGCGGGCGCGUAUACGUUUGGCGUCCUCAUGGACAUGAUGACGCUCAAGAGCGAGGCUCCACCUUUCAGACAUGCCACGGAAGCGAUCCGGCUUAUCUUUCUCACAGGCAUCGACACCCCCAACGCUUUCAACUUUCGGGCGCGGGCGUGUAUACGUUUGGCCCUCUCAUGGACAUGAGGAGGCUCAAGAGGGCCAUCGCCAUCCUCAACGCCUUCAGGCUUCGCGCGGCGUGGUUGUGUCUAGGUUCGGCUUUCUCAUGGGCAUGAUGAUGCCCAAGAGGCUCCACCCUGUAGACAUGGGGCUGCCCACGUGGAUCCUUCGCACAGGCGUCGACGCUCUCAAGAUCCUCAGCUUCUGCUCACGGAUGUGUCCCAGGUUGGCCUUCUCAUGGCCAUGAUAAUGCCCAAGAGCCUCCGCGCCACCUUUUGGAUAUGGAGGCGCCCAGAUCUAUUCCAGUCAAAGACAUCGACAUCCCCAAGGCCCUCCACAUCUGUCCACGGAUAUGCCCAAGCUUGGCCCUCUCGUGGACAUGAUGACGCCCAAGAGGCUCCACCCUCUGACCAUGGACUGGAGAGGCUGGCGCUUAAUUCUGCCCCAGCGGGCCCUUGACGGGCCCGCGUACUGGGCAUGUGCAUAUAAUAGAACGAAGAGAAAAGCAGUGGACGCGGCUUGUGUGUUUUGAUGGCGUCAGGACUCGAACAGCCUGAGGAACGUAGGGGAAGCGUUGCCCUUGGUGUUGCAUUCUGAUGGUGUUGUGGCUCGAAGGAAUAGCUUGGGAGCCGGAGGCCGUGUGCCUUUUUCUGAUUACAUAGCCAGGAGCAAGCUGCCUCGCCACUGUGCCCCGUCACAGUCGCACAGUCAGCCCAACAACCAGACCGACGCGCCACCCACGGGCAGAACCAGACCGCUUACAGCCAGUAGAAUCACCGGGCCCGUCGUCGUCACAGGCAAAGCCGGACCCGUCACAAGCAGAACUGGACGCGCCACAAGCAAUGCCAGACCUGUCACAAGCAAAGCCACACCAUUACAGCAGAACCAGAGUAGGCACAAGCAGAACCAAACGCGCCACUGUCAUAACAAGCCAGGCUCCUCAGUACGCAGGAGAAUCAGACCCGUCAGAAGCAGCAGACUGACGUAUCACAGCGCCUGCCACAAUGUCCACAACUCAGUGGCAGGGUUGUCACAGUGUCCACAGCUUCCAAAUUCUAAAGCGUGGCCUUUUGCUUUUCAUAGUGCUUUGGCCUUUCUAAAAUUAAUCUAGUUAUAUCACGUUUUCGAGUAGGUGCCGGGGGAGCUCGAUGCGCCGCAGGAUCGAUAGCCUAGCCUAGCCUACUUAGAUUCGACGAGUUACGUAAAUUCGAUUAUAGUUAGUGGUGACCCAUGAACCACCUUCCAAGAAGAUGCUCUAAUGUACGGAGCGUGCAGGAUGGAGAUGAAGACGGAGUCGUAAAGUACGUGAAAAAAAAACUUGAUAUCUCGGCGGACAGGAUCUGGGAGGGGGAUCCGAUAAGUUAAGCGUUCACCACAAAGCAUCUCAGUUUUAUACAUGAUCCAGCCUUCAACUUGUAUUAUUUAAAAGAUGAUAAAAAUAACAAAACCAAAAGAAGAGCCCCUCUAACUCUCUCUUAUUGAGUAUCAAUCACAUGGUCAUGCUUUCUCAGAGAGGAGUGUGCUGCCCACCUGCUCACUAUUUAGUCGCGAAUAUUCAGUGCAGGACACGCAUAUUAUGAGUGAAGAUCUAUCUUCGGGCGAAGCGAUCCGAGGCCUCAACACAAGGUCGCUCAGGUCAUAUUAGAGAAGUCUUCUGUCAUCUUUACUUUUGCGGAAGAAGAAAACCAAAAAGCCACUUCGGUGUUCCUAAGCAGUUACAUACUUCUGAUAAAAUACGGAGAACUAGCACGAGGAAAAGCACAAGAUGAUAGAGGGAGAGUAGUAACCUCUUGAGAAAAGGUUUUUACCUUUUGCUUCUCCAAAUAUACUAGACAGAACGAAGCCGGGGCUUCUUAUCCUAUUCUAUCCUAAACUAACAAUAUUAAGUUGACGCGCAGCAUGAUUGAGAAAAAACGAGAUGCCUGUUGGAGCGCUGUGCUAAGUAAUGAUACGAGACAAAGCGACACGGAGCCUCCAGCUACUGACGGGGACCGAUGGGAAAGAGGCAAAGACUUAA